GGGGCGAGGCCGCUCGAGCUGCAGCUGGGGCGAUGGCGGUGGAGACUCUGUCCCCAGACUGGGAGUUUGACCGCUUGGAUGACGGCUCGCAAAAAAUUCAUGCUGAAGUCCAGCUGAAGAAUUAUGGGAAAUUUCUCGAGGAGUACACCUCCCAGCUAAGAAGAAUUGAAGAUGCUCUGGAUAGCUCUGUGGGCGAUGUUUGGGACUUCAGGCUUGACCCUAUAGCACUAAAGUUGUUGCCUUAUGAACAGUCUUCCCUUUUGGAGCUCAUAAAGACAGAAAACAAGGUCUUAAACAAAGUCAUCACUGUGUAUGCUGCUCUUUGUUGUGAAAUCAAGAAAUUAAAGUAUGAGGCUGAAACUAAAUUUUACAAUGGUCUUUUGUUUUAUGGGGAAGGAGCCACAGAUUCUAGCAUGGCGGAAGGUGAUUGCCAAAUUCAAAUGGGGAGAUUCAUUUCAUUCUUACAGGAACUCUCUUGUUUUGUUACGAGGUGCUAUGAAGUGGUGAUGAAUGUAGUCCAUCAAUUGGCCGCCCUUUAUAUCAGUAACAAGAUUGCACCUAAAAUCAUAGAAACAACUGGAGUUCAUUUUCAGACUAUGUAUGAGCACCUGGGAGAGCUGCUGACAGUUUUACUUACACUGGAUGAAAUUGUUGAGAAUCAUGCUACUUUGAAAGACCAUUGGACAAUGUAUAAAAGGUUACUAAAGUCUGUCCACCACAAUCCUUCAAAGUUUGGGAUCCAGGAAGAAAAACUGAAGCCAUUUGAGAAGUUUUUGCAAAAGCUAGAAGGACAGUUACUUGAUGGAAUGAUAUUCCAGGCCUGUAUAGAGCAACAGUUUGAUUCCCUUAAUGGAGGAGUAUCUGUGUCAAAGAAUAGUACUUUUGCUGAAGAAUUUGCACAUAGUAUACGCACGAUUUUUGCCAACGUAGAAGCCAAACUUGGUGAACCCUCUGAAAUUGAUCAGAGAGACAAAUACGUUGGCGUCUGUGGACUUUUUGUGUUGCACUUCCAGAUUUUUCGGACUGUAGAUAAAAAAUUUUAUAAAUCUUUACUGGACAUUUGUAAGAAGGUUCCAGCCAUCACUUUAACUGCUAACAUCAUUUGGUUUGCGGAUAACUUUUUGAUCCAGAAAAUGCCAGCAGCUGCCAAACUCCUUGACAAAAAAAGCCUUCAUGCCAUUAAAACACACAGGGACACUUUUCUACAACAAAAGGCCCAAUCACUUACCAAAGAUGUACAGUCUUAUUACGUCUUUGUUAGCUCAUGGAUGAUGAAAAUGGAAUCUAUUUCAUCUAAAGAGCAGCGAAUGGAUAAGUUUGCUGAAGACCUCACCAAUAGAUGCAAUGUUUUUAUACAGGGUUUUUUAUAUGCAUACAGCAUUAGCACCAUUAUUAAAACUACGAUGAAUCUCUACAUGUCCCUGCAGAAGCCAAUGACCAAAACUUCAGUCAAAGCCUUAUGCAGACUUAUUGAGCUUCUCAAGGCAAUAGAACAUACAUUUUACAGAAGGAGUAUGGUUGUGGCUGAUUCUGUUUCGCACAUAACCCAACACCUUCAACAUCAAGCUCUUCAUUCCAUUGCUGUGGCCAAGAAAAGAGUAAUUUCGGACAAAAAGUACAGUGAGCAGCGUCUCGAUGUCCUUUCUGCCCUCGUGUUAGCUGAGAAUGCUCUUAAUGGGCCGAGCACCCGUCAGAGGCGCCUCAUCCUUUCCUUGGCUCUGAGUGUGGGCACCCAGAUGAAAACUUUUAAGGAUGAAGAGCUCCUUCCUCUCCAAGUAGUGAUGAAAAAACUGGAUCUGAUAAGUGAACUUAGAGAAAGAAUCCAAACACAGUGUGAUUGCUGUUUCCUAUACUGGCAUCGAGCUGUCUUUCCAAUUUAUUUAGAUGAUGUAUAUGAAAAUGCUGUUGAUGCAGCUAGAUUACACUACAUGUUCAGUGCUUUACGGGAUUGUGUACCUGCUAUGGUGUGUGCAAGACAUUUAGAGUCUUAUGAAGUCCUUCUGAAUUGCUAUGACAAGGAGAUUAUGGAAAUUUUAAAUGAGCAUCUGCUGGAGAAGUUGUGCAGAGAGAUUGAGAAAGACCUGCGCCUGUCUGUGCACACCCAUCUCAAGCUGGACGAUCGGAACCCCUUCAGAGUUGGCAUGAAAGACCUGGCCCUCUUCUUCUCCCUAAACCCCAUUCGCUUCUUCAAUCGCUUCAUUGACAUCCGGGCUUUUGUAACCCAUUAUUUGGACAAGACUUUCUACAACCUCACAACAGUUGCUCUUCAUGACUGGGCCACUUACAGCGAAAUGAGGAAUUUAGCAACUCAGCGUUAUGGCUUGGUCAUGACGGAAGCCCAUCUUCCCAGUCAGACUUUGGAGCAGGGUCUGGAUGUUUUGGAAAUCAUGAGAAACAUUCACGUAUUUGUGUCCCGAUACCUCUACAAUCUCAAUAAUCAGAUAUUCAUUGAAAGGACCAGCAACAACAAGCAUUUGAAUACAAUUAACAUCCGACAUAUUGCAAAUUCAAUUCGCACCCAUGGGACAGGAAUCAUGAACACAACAGUUAAUUUCACCUACCAGUUUUUGAGAAAGAAGUUCUAUAUAUUUAGCCAAUUUAUGUAUGAUGAACACAUCAAAUCCAGGUUGAUCAAAGAUAUCAGGUUUUUCAGGGAAGUCAAGGAUCAAAAUGAUCAUAAGUAUCCUUUUGAAAGAGCAGAAAAAUUCAAUAGAGGAAUCAGAAAACUUGGAAUAACACCAGAUGGACAGAGUUACCUCGAUCAGUUUAGACAGCUCAUCAGCCAAAUAGGUAAUGCGAUGGGCUAUGUGCGAAUGAUCCGGUCGGGUGGGCUCCACUGCAGCAGCAACGCCAUCAGGUUUGUUCCUGAUCUUGAAGAUAUUGUCAAUUUUGAAGAACUUGUUAAAGAAGAAGGACUUUCAGAGGAAACACUCAAGGCAGCCAGGCAGCUGGACUCGGUCCUCAGCGACCACACACGGAAUUCUGCCGAAGGCACAGAGUAUUUCAAGAUGCUGGUGGAUGUUUUUGCUCCCGAAUUCCGGAGUCCCAAGAAUAUGCACCUCCGAAAUUUCCACAUCAUCGUCCCUCCCCUGACCCUCAAUUUUGUAGAACAUUCCAUUAGCUGCAAGGAGAAAUUGAAUAAAAAGAAUAAAAUGGGAGCAGCUUUUACCGAUGAUGGCUUUGCCAUGGGUGUGGCUUAUAUUCUCAAGCUUCUGGAUCAAUACCAGGAGUUUGAUUCACUUCACUGGUUCCAGUCAGCCAGAGAGAAGUACCUCAAGGAGAUGAGGGCUGUGGCCAAGCAGCAGAAUGUGCAGUCAACCAGUCAGGAUGAGAAACUGCUGCAGACGAUGAAUCUGACCCAGAAGCGCCUCGAUGUCUACUUACAGGAAUUUGAAUUACUCUAUUUCUCACUGAGUAGUGCGAGAAUUUUCUUUAGAGCAGACAAGACUGCAGCUGAAGAAAACCAAGAAAAGAAGGAGAAAGAAGAAGAAAAUAAAGCAAGCAGUGAAGAUCCCGCACCCAGCAGUGGCAGUUCUGCCCUCACCGAUCCUGUGGUGAAGUGAUUUUGAGGCUGGGCUUGGGGAGCAUCAGAUAACCAGCAUUGUUUACGUCGGCGACUGUAGCUUGGACCUUAGAAACCUUGAGAUACAUGGAUUGUGACUGGACCGGCCUAUCUCCAGAUAGAUGUGUAUUGUCACAGGCCUUCUCUGGGGGCCAGGCUUUAACGCUAUGUCCAUUUUAAAGACUCAUUUUAGAAGGUGCUGAAAGAAUUUUCAAAAAUUGGUUCUGGCCUAUAAAUAGCCUACAAAAUAACAUGCUUAUUUUUCAGUAGUUACGGUUCAAAGUAAAGUUAUAGAAAUGCAAAUCUGAAUUCCUGCUCUGUUGUCGGCAGAUCUCCCCACAUGUAUGCUGGGAGUUUGUCUUUAUAGGCUGUUGAUUCAUGAUUUGCGUUACAUCAGUUAAAGAUUUUCAGCUAUUAUGGCAACAAAUUUAAAAUCAAUACUGUGCAUAUCUAGCAAAUAGUAUUUAAAUAUAAAGAUUAAUGGUCAAAUUCUAAAAGCAUAUAUGACUAUAAAAUAAAACUGUUAUCAUGGCCUGGAUUGUUCAGUAAGUUUCAGGCAUUGGAUACCCAUUUGAGGCACUUUGGAAUCAUCUAUUAGUAAAGUAACACAUUGCAUGGAGCUACCAGAGCUCUGGAAGCCUGCUGUGAGUGAUUUUACACUCAGUUUACAUGCUCUGAAAGUACUUAAAUGGCAAUUGCAUUAAAUGAUAACGUUGAAAGUAUGUUUCUUGGUACUCAUAGUUAAGAGGACCCAAUUUCUUCAGAGGUUUCAGAAGACACCGUGGGCUGGCUCUCAUGAAAUGAAAGCUUUUCCCACAUUCACACUCAGGUUUCUUUUUACAUCAAGCCUGAAUUCAAGAAAUUUGAAACAUACUUUUUCUUUUAAUUAUAAUCCAAGUGGAUCUCAUGAAAUAAUAUUUGCACUGUGCAGGCAUUUAAAAAAAAAAAAACACUGUGAGAAUAAGAUAUAAUGUAAUAACUGAAAUCCCUUACAGCUUUUACAGCUUCCAGAAGGCUUGAGUAUCAUUGGCUGUUGGCUGGCUGCUAGAUUUAUUUUUAUCAAGUUGUACCAAUUAACAACUAAAAAGUCAAUCUUAGCACAUUAGAAUGCAUUUAAAAAGUUAGAGUAGAAAGGGAUUUUACUUUCUUAAUGUAACUCAAAUUUAAAUCCAGGAAAGACUUGUUUUUCUGUCGUAUUUGCCUAUCCUCGCAUUUCUUUUGAGAAAUACUUUAAUUUAUUCCAAGGUUGGUCUUUUGACUUCCACCCCUUGGGAACCAUGCAUGGUGUCUUUCCGUCCUCCGUGGGACUCAUUGAUGAUAGUCAAUGUUACCUCUUCCAGAAUAAACAUGUUUCUUUUGAAAGUCAAAGGAAGCAUAAUAUUGUGGGAUUGUUUUUGCUUCUUCUGUAAACAUGACCUUAUAGCAUCAUGGAUUUGGUAAUAUCCUAAAAGAAUUCAGGCCUUGAUUUGUGCUUCAUCCUAACUGCAGAAAUGGCCCUAAAGCAUGCUGCAUAAUUCAGUCUUUUUAUUUUUGAAUGUUCUUAAAUGAUCUCGUAAUUAAUUGUACCAAAUUAGCCACUGCCUUGCAAUAAUCCCCACAGUAUUACUAUUCUAACUUUAAACUCCUUGUGUGACAUCCAAUAUCAACAAAUUGUAAUUGGAGAGAGAAUUGACUCUUGCCUUUCAAUGGAGACCACAAAACACUGUCACAGUGGAAGGUUUCCCUGUCACUAGAUCAAACUCACACUUUGACCUCUCUUCUUACCUGACCAUUGGAAAGAGUUGGGUUUUACUGUUCACAGUGUUUUGUCCAGUCUGUAGAGGGCUAACAAGUCCAUGUGUGGGACCAGCCCCUUGAGAGGAUGCUGAAGCACUUGGCUGGGCUCUUUGGUCACAGAGCUGGAGGAAGGCAUGGAUAUUCAAGUCCAUUGGACUUUAACACAAAGCUUUCCUUGUUGAUUCCCAUAGCUUCUUAUUUUUCUAAUAUACUAUAAUUUAGGGAUGAAUGUAAGCACUCAUUCUAAGCUCUUUAAUAACAAAGAUAAUCAAAUUCUCAGGAAUUAAGGACCAAGUAUAACAUUGUCUCUUCUAUUUGUUAAAAAAAAAAAAAAAAGAUUUUGUUAACCUUAUUUCUGUUGUCAGCCUCCCUUCUCCUCACCCUCCCAUUUGUGGAGCAGAAUAUACUCUGUUCUGUACAUUAAAACCAUGUCAGUAAAUUUAUGUUCAGAAUUAAAUGUCCUGUAAAAAAGUUUCUGAUUUAUUUUUAAUGAACAUCUCAUAACUUUCUUGUUACCACUUUUAAAUUUAUUUUUUCCACUGCUUGGUAUUGUCAAGUGAAAAAGAAUCAUUAGGGUUUUUGGAUUGCUUUAGCCGUGGGAGGUGAUAAUGACCCGGUUGGCAUUGUUGGAGAUGUUGGCGGGGAUCGUGGUGCUCCCCCAAAUCGGGAGCCGACUCAGUGGCCCAGCCCAGAGACUGUUCAGCACACUGCAGAAAGUGUCACAUCUCGAGAGGUCAGGAUGGAGAAGAGCAAAGUAGACAAAAGCCAUGUGACAAAACCUGUGUGCACGUGUUUAUGUUAGUGAGCCAUUACAAUUUCUUUUCCUGGGAUAGCUAUGGCUGCAUUUGCAAAUGGUGGAAAGUCUGAUGUACAUGAUUCUGCCUAUUACAUACUGCUCCCCAUCUUCCUCUAUCCCUCCAUCCUCCCACAUUUUCUUCCAGUGGAAUUAACGCUGUAGUUACAUAGAUAAUUUCAAGACAAGAUGAUCUUCCUUGUCAUGGAGCAGAUUCAAUUCUAUAGUUUUAUUCAAAGAAAUUACAAAUAAGGGGAAUGUUCCAUUAGAUUUCUAGAGGUCUCCAGAGGCUUCAGAUGAAGAAUAUAGAGCCCAGAAAGACAAAUGGAAAGGUCAGCAGAGGUUGAGGGGCCUGUUGGGCACAUGUAUGAACUUGAUGACAACAACUAUGUCCGAUUAGGAUUUAGUUUAUAGAAAACAAGUGCUUGUUUUAUAGAUUACACAAAUAAAGUCAUGUUGAAUCAACAA